AUGGCUGGGAUUGCUGGACCGCUUGUGUUCUCCGUUCUCUUGAUUGUUGCAGUGAUAGGAAAUCCUGAAAAUUCCAAAGGACGGAAGUCAUUCAAAGGAUAUCAGGUCCUUUCCGUUCGCGCUGGAAAUGAAAUGCAGCUAGAGUACCUGAAUCUCCUGCAGGCUGGACCCGAAAUCGACUUUUUCCAAGUCCCCUCCCUGGCCCAGAAGACGGAUAUUCUCGUCCCUCCCAAUCAACUGAGGGAGGUCAAGAAAUCUCUCAGGAAGAUGAAGCUGGAUUUUGAGAUAAUUAAUGAGGACAUGGAAAUCACCAUUGAACGAGAGCGCCGAGACAUGGCAACACGAGCAACAGGUGACAUCUGGACAACUUAUCUCAUGUGGGAAGACUUUGAGCUUUGGCUGCAAGAGAAGAGUACAAAUUUCCCGGGAAUGAUGGAGUUGAAGAGCAUCGGUAAAUCAAAUGAGGGCAGAGACAUCUGGCAGGUCAAGGUUGCCGCAGAUAUUAAUGCACCGAAAAAGCCGGCCAUGUAUAUCGAAUGCCUUGCGCAUGCGCGGGAAUGGAUUACAGGAUCCGCGUGCCUUGGGACUAUUGAUAUUCUGACGGCUAACUACGGCAAGUCUGGUACUCUAGGACAACAAGCCACGUUGAUGCUGGAUAAAUUUGACUGGUACUUUAUUCCAAUGAUGAAUCCUGAUGGAUACAACUUUUCAAAACAAAACCGACUCUGGCGUAAGAACAGGAGGGUAAAUGUUGUCUCUUCAUGCCCGGGCGUGGAUCUCAACAGGAAUUUUGCAGCUGACUGGGGCGGUGCGGGUUCAUCCAGUAACUGGUGUUCUGACACUUACCGUGGAGGCAGCGCGAACUCCGAGCCCGAGGCACAAGCCGUUAUCAAUGCUGUGGCAGAGACCGGUGACGUCAGAUCCUACCUUUCUAUUCACUCUUACUCUCAGCUUUUAUUGGUGCCGUACGCAUAUGACAAUGUAAAAGCGCCCGACUACAAUGAACUAAAAAAUGUAGGAGACAUCGCCAUGUUGGCCUUGCGACAGGUUAAUGGGGUCAACUUUGUGGUCGGACACGGUCCUGAAAUCUUGUAUGCCGCAUCCGGUGGAGCUUUCGACUACUUCAAGCUGAAUGGUGUUAAGUAUGCAUAUGUAUACGAGUUACGCCCCGCUAGCGGAUCCGGAACAGACGGUUUCAUACUUCCGGCGUCUCAAAUUGAUCCUAGCAUCCGGGAAACUUUUGCAUCAUUUUACAGCUUUGCCGACCAAAUACCAGCUUGAUUCAAAUGCUAAACAUUAAUGAUGUAUUAAUUGUUGGUUUAUGAUGUAGAAAUAAAUAAAGUUAUUGCAUGUUCA